AUGGCGGAGGCUCAUCUCCGCCUGAGUGGAUGUGUCUUUUCUAGCAGGAGACCAUCCUUUGACUCGAAUCCAGAUGUUGCAAAGGGUGUUUGCUGCCAGGUCUUAGAAGCAGUUUCUCCAAGUAACUCCAGGUCAGCUCCAAGAGAGAAAGAGAAAUUCGAAAUAAUUUCUCUGAACGUUUUCCCAAUCCUUGCUCUUGACAAAGAAUAUGAAGGUUAUGAGGUAAAACACCUCCUAAAACCCAUCUAUACCAACAGGAAUUACGUCGACACCGAUAAUUCCCUAAAAACCAGAAGGUAUUUCGAGUUCAUCCUCGUAGAUACAUGCCCGUUAGAAAUUGAGCAUGAGUUAGCAGAUAAAUCUGACCCAGAUAGCAUCGCCUACUCAAAAGUCACAAUCAAGAAGAUCCUAUCUCCUUAUAACUGGCCUGUAGAUCAUCUACAUACCCCUAUCAAUCUCUCAAAGAGAUUCAUUCCUCAAACCUACAAUUGGUUUGACUACAAAAAUGCCUGGUUAAAUUUCAUAUAUGUCAGACCAAUCACUCACACGUGGUUUAUAAAAUAUUGUCCUGAGUUUGCAACCUCUGUCAUACCAAGAUGGUUCUACGAAUGGUGGAGCUCAUUUGGUGGAAACAAGCAAGUCAUGCCUCGACAAUUUGCAGAGAAAUACCCUCAAUUUCAAAUUGAUGAAGGCAUAUCAACCCUCCCGGAGCACAUUAAGCUUUAUUUGUUCUGAGCACAUACGUGAUUGAAAGAAAGAAAUUUAUGCAACACCGAGGCAGAAUCAUUUAUUGGUGGAUCAAUGCUAUGCUGGGUGGGUAUCAAGUGAUCCUUUCCACUGCAUAGCAAUAUGUCAUGUACGAUGUCAUUUAGGAUAUGUGCGUCUAUUUGUUCAACUUUAUAUGAAUUAUGACGUCAUUUAAAAAAUUAGGACGGGAACUCUGAAAAAUUAUCUCCGAGCUCUGACAGCAUGGAGGCGAGAAACGACAGAAGAUGCAGCUGAUUUGAGAUUCUUCAGGCUUUAGCCUCCUCUUGCUCAAACCGAGAACAAGAACAAACUCCAACUGAAAAACCAACUGAACAAGAACUCUAAGUUAGUCUUCAAAACUACUUAAGUUGCCAUAAAGAAUACUUCACUACAGUAGGAUGAAAAUGCAACAUCACCACAAAAUAUCUGCUGCUGCUUGUGUUGCAAAGGGUGUUUGCUGCCAGGAAUUGCCACUGCCAUCCUUGCAGGAACCCCUAAUCUAUGUAAUUCAAUCAGUUGCCAAUUUUUUAUGGCACUCAAUUGAGUACAAGAUGUAAAAAAAGAACAGUGUGAACUACAUAUGGCUAACGUAGCUGAAUGAUUUGUUCAAUAACAACAAAAAGUGUUUAUUUUGCUAGAUCUAUUGCUUUUUAAAGAAUUAUGCAUACCUCUAAUAGAGUUAGUGUUGAAGAAGAAGAAAACUGACGAUUGGAACAUGUCAAAGGAACAGAUCUAACGCGGGUGAUUGACUGACUUGUCUACAAUAAGUGUUGAUGAAGAAAGUUGAGGAACAAUGUCGAAAGAACUAGUCCAACGCAGGUGACUGGCGGAUUACAACACUGCUGCUGAAGAAUAAGAGUCGCAUAGGAUAAUAUUUUGGCUAGAAUUAUUUUUAUGAUUAUGAUUAUAUAGUACAACUAGGAUUAGAUUAUUUAUAGUUGCAUUACUAUUAUUAAAGUAGUAGUAAUAAGUAUUGUUGUACUUAGGACAAUCAAUGAUCAACAUUACAAAUAUUUACCAACAUA